GGUACAACACUAUUUACAAAAUGUCCGACGGCCAAAUAAAUAGCGACGUUUCACAAGAGCCGAGUGCGAAAAAGGUGAAAAUUGGCAAUGAAAAUGGCAACAGUGUGAGCGAAAAUCAGUUCCAACUGAAAGACUUUACAUUGGACAAAGUUUUGAACAACAAUACCAGAGGGAAAACUGUUUGUGUGCUCGGAAAAUUCAAGAAUAAAAGCGGGCAAGCUCUGAUUAUUUUCGAGAAAAAUGCAUUCAAAGAGGAUGAUUUGAACGAAAGUGGCUUCUUCUCGGAUGAGACACAACUGCGUAUCUAUUUCCAGAACGAUAUUUAUGGAAACUUCGAGUGUUUUCCCAAAUCUUCAAUAAAUGGUGUGAAGACAACAGUGAUAUACCCGGCCACGGAGAAGCACAUCGCCAAGUUCAGCCAGCAGGAGGUUCAUGUGGUUGUGGAGACUCCGGAGCUGUACGCCGCGUGCACGCUGCCACAUAUUGAGAAGGAGCAGUUCACUUUACAGUGGGUAUACAACAUACUAGAAGGGAAGAGCGAGCAGGACAGAAUAGUCUACGACAGCAAGUGCGAAAAGGAGGGGUUUGUUCUAGUCCCAGACCUCAAGUGGGACGGACUCACCAAGGAGACCCUGUAUCUGCUGGCCAUCGUCAGGCAAAGAGGGAUAAAGUCUCUUAGGGAUCUCAAUGCGAGUCAUCUGCCAUUGCUGAAGAAUAUUCGGGACAAGGGAAAGAAAGCGAUUCUGGACAAAUACAAGGUUCCCGGCAGUCAACUACGUAUAUACCUGCACUACCAGCCUUCGUUCUACCACCUGCAUGUGCACUUCACCUACCUGAGGCACGAGGCACCAGGGAUCUACGCCGAAAAGGCACACCUCCUCGACACAGUCAUAAACAAUAUAGAGAUGAUGCCGGAUUACUACCAAAAAGCUAGCUUAACUUUCUCCAUCCGUGAGAUGGACAACAUUUUCAAUGUUUACGAAACCAAUGGUUGUGUUCAAAGAGUUGUUACCCCUGAGAAAGCAGAGCUAAUAGAUAAGUAA